AUGUCACAAAUUAAUUUAAACAACUCCCUAAACCACCCUUUAGCCUUGGAAUACUUCAAGCUACACCCAAGGAGACAGAAAAUAUUCUUUGGUCCUUACUUACUAUUGAAUACGUUAGGAGAAGGCGAAUUCGGUAAAGUUAAACUCGGUCUCCACUCUCAAUUCGGUGAACAAGUCGCUGUCAAACUCAUUAGAAGAAACUCCGUCUCUGAUAAAUCAAGAUUAUCCAAAGUUGAACGUGAAAUUUUAGUUCUGAGAUCCGUUAACCACCCUCACAUCGUUGGAUUAUACGAUGUUAUUGAAACUGAAAAGUACAUUGGCAUCGUCCUCGAGUACGCUCCAGGUGGUGAACUCUUCGAUUUCAUCCUACGUCAUAAAUACCUCAAAGAACGUGACGCUUGUAGAUUGUUCGCUCAAUUAAUCUCCGGCGUUCACUACCUUCACAAUAAGAAAGUUAUUCAUCGUGACUUAAAGUUGGAAAAUUUACUUCUCGAUAGGGGCAGAAAUAUCAUCAUCACUGACUUUGGCUUCGCUAAUCGCUUUGAGCACCGUGUAGAUGACCUCAUGGCUACUUCUUGUGGUUCCCCUUGCUACGCUGCUCCUGAAUUAGUCAUCUCUGAUGGUUUAUACGUUGGAAGCGCUGUUGACAUUUGGAGUUGUGGUGUCAUCUUAUACGCUAUGUUAGCUGGUUACCUUCCUUUCGAUGAUGACCCUCAAAACCCUGAAGGUGAUAACAUCAAUCUCCUCUACAAAUACAUUGUCUCAACCCCUCUCACUUUUCCUGACUUUGUCUCCCCUCAAGCUCGUCAUUUACUCUCAAUGAUGCUUGUUCCUGAUCCAACUAAGCGUUGCUCUGUUGAAGAAAUCAUGUCUCACCCUUGGUUGAAAUCUUACUCCCACUUAUUCGAUAGAUCCGUUGUUCAAUGGGAGCAACUCUCACAAGACCUCUUAAACGCAAAACGAUUGGCUCAAAAGCGUCAACUUCAAGCUUUCGAGGCGGAAUCUUUAUCUCCUUCACUUAUUCGCUCUCAAACUGAAGCUGAUCCUAAUCUAUUCCCUGCAAUGACUUCAAAAGGUGCACGUCAUCAAUCUGCUAUGGGUAUACCAACUUCAAACUCUUCAACUUUGUCACCCUUUGACUAUCUUCAAAGAGCUAAUCAAGAUGCUGCGAAUGAGUACCUCGAAUACCAACAACAAAAUGAAAUUGAUCAUUCUACAAGUAAAAAGAGAGACGCUCCUGAUACUAUCACUCAAUCUCAUUCUCACAAUAACCCAUCUGGUAAAAGGAAUCCAAAUAUUCAAAGACACACUAUUCAAGUUGAGUAUGAGAAUCAACAGGAUGACAACCAAAACACAAAGUCCACGCAAAUUGAUACCACAAAGUUAUCCAAAAAUGAGCAAUUACCAAUUACUCCUCCAUCUAACAAUCAAAUACCAUCGCCAUCAUUAAACGCCGCAGAAGAAGCGCAAUUAGCUCAACCUGCAAUCAUUAAUAGCGUUCCAUUACCUUUAUCACAUGACAUUUCCAAUAAAAAGGUCAAGACUGAUAUUGAGUCUCGUGAGGAUACAGAGAUUCGUGAGUCUCAUGAGACUCACGAGCCUCAUAAAUCUCCUUCAAACAAAGCUCUAUCAACCGGAAACAUGGCUUCAACGGAUAAACCAUCUGACAAUGUCAGUGAUACCAAUAACAAUGAUAUCAGCAAAGAGAAUGAUAAGGAUAAGGAGAAUAGCAGUAGCAUUCACCACAUCAACACCAACAAGCAAAGCAAACCACCUAUCAGUUCGGGUGCACUCAAAAUGAUGAAUAAACAAAACGAUGACGAAAAUAAGUCAAUGUUAUCGUCCAAUCGUUCGUCUGGUGGUAAUGCCUCUUCACAUUCCAAAGACUCUGGUAAAAAGUCAUCACCUACAUCAGGUGGUGUUAGUGGAAGUGCAAGUAGUCGUAGAAAGGCACUAUCAAUGAUGGUCGAACCAUUUGGUAAAAGUUCAUCGAAAGAACGCAAAUCUUCAAACCAAUAUAAAGUAAACGAUGAAAAUAAAGACACAACGAAGAGAGAACGUAAAACAUCAGCAGCAUUUUUAUCAUCAAACUCUUCCAAACCGACGAGUCAGAUAUCAGCCACAUCACCACCUUCAGGAACCUUUACAAAUGUCGCUGGCACGACAUUUGAUGGAUCAAACCAAGUAAAUUCGCAUAAAGGAUCAUCUAGUCGUGCCAAGUCUGUUAUGAAUUGGUUCCGUAAUAAAGGCUUGGCUAAGGCUGGUGGAGAUGUUGUACAGUCGACAGGAACAACGCAGAUGCAGACGCAGACGCAAUCACAGACGCAAUCACAAACUCAAUCACAAACGCAAUCAGUUACUGUUGCAGCUCAACAGAGUAGUUCGUCACAUUUACCUUCUCAGUCACCUCAAACGCCAUCUCAAGCACCCCCUCAAUCAACACCUCCACCAGCUACGUUGAAAACGAGACCAUCAACUGCUGGAGCAAAUGGUGGAGCACAGCAAAAUCAAAUUAAGCCAGUUUCUGAAGAUGCUAUGGACACCCACACAGGUACCGUCGAUCAAAACGCAUUAACAGGUUUACCACCAUCAGUUGUAAUGGCAGAAGUGAAGAAGGUAAUUACUAAGAAUCUCGGAUUGAUAGUGAAGAAGGAAGGACAGGUAAAUUUGAAGUGUGUGAGACCUUCAAAGAAGCAACAACAGCAGCAAUCGCAAGCUCAACUGUUACCUUCAUCGUCGAGCGCAGGUGGAUUACGCAGUUUACUCAUGUUCAAGAGAUCAUCAUCUCAAUCGACCAAUCUUAGUUCUUCUGCUGGAGUGUCUAAUGUGUCCAAUGAUGAAGAUGUCAACAAUACGGUAUAUGGAGAAACCCAAGUUGACAGUGGGGGUGAAGUAGUCUUGGAUGUGAAAUUGACCAAGAUUAAGAAUUUACCUGGACUAUACUCGGUAGAUCUCAAACGCAUUUCAGGGAAUUUACGCGAUUACAGAUAUUUAUAUUUGCAAGUAUUCGAGUGA